UCGCUGUUUGGAUGAAGUGCAGAUGUAAAUAAAAUGGUGUUUUGUUGUGUACCCUUAUGUGGUGUUGACAGUUUCAAAUGUGAUUCAUCUAUCACAUUUCACGAGUUCCCUUCUAAUCCUGAUCUUGCAGCAAAAUGGAUAAAACAGAUAAAUUCUGCCGUGAAAACCAAACAGAAACCAAUGUGGUUUCCUCGCGGUCGAUCUGUGAUAUGCAGCAAGCAUUUUCUUCAAACUGAUUUUAAAGAUGAAUCUGAUAGUUUGAAACCUCGGUCUAUACCAACUGUUUUUGGUCAUAGAUAUAUUGGUUUUAAUCAAAAUGAUGAUAAUCAACCGGUUGCGAAUAGAAGCAAAAAACCUCCACUUAUUGUCAAAGUCAACAGACCAUCCGCCAGUGGUAGUGACUUGGUGAUUACCAACGUUUUUUCUCAAUCAAACGAUUUUAGCAAUUCACAUGAUGAAUUGUCCAAAACUGUAUCAUCUCUGUCACCACAUUCUAAAGGUACGUUAAAUUCUCAUUCCGAGAAAAAUGCUUAUUUAGAUUCUUUGCAAAACAAAAACAAUUUUUUAAAUAAAGAUGUGUCAGAAUCUGGUAAAGAUCUACCAUCGACCACAAUUGAGACUGCAGUCGAUAAUGAUGUUGUCACCAAAUCAUCCACUGCACCCGGAAUUAGUAUGCAUAAAUCUGACGAAGUGCGUAAAAAGAAAAUGAUAAAAAAGGAAAGCUCUAAAAAUGAGCUUAUUGAAAUAGGACCGAAUACAUUUUUAAAAAUUAAUCCUGAUAUAAUUAAAGUUAAUAAAAAACAAACACCCACAGGUAAUACUAUCUUGCAGUUUAUAAUGGAUCAGAAACUUGCUAAUCAAGCCAGUAAUUUACUUCCAAAAAUUAUAAAAACAACUUCAUCUACUGAAGAGGCAAAUAAACCAGGAAAUGAUAAUUUUGAACAGUUGUUGACACCAGUUGAUAAGCCUUCAGAAAUUCCAGAAAAAAAUUCCAAUAAGUCCUUAGAAAAAAAUGAAAUAGUAGUUCAGCAAGUAAUAGGCCAUUUAGUCGAUACUCAUGUAUGUCAAGAUACAUGCAAGGAUUUAAAAGAUAUUGAUGAAAAUGAUAUGAUGGUUGUUGAUAAUGAUAAUUCAACUAUUAAUGCUAAUAACACUGUUUCAGACUCUGUAAACACAACUGCUGCUCCAAAUAUAAAUGUGCUGUUGCAGUCGCCUUCAAAGUUAGCAACAGAAAUUAACGAUAAUACAUUAGCCCAUAAGUCGGUAACUCAUUGUCUAACCAAAGCACCUGUGCUAUUUACUACUAAUGUACCCCUCAGUCAUUGUCUGACUGAUAAAUCCAAAUAUGCAGUACAGCUGAAGCAGAAAGCAAGACAAAUUGCAUCCCUGAAGCUUAAAAUUGGAACUCUUACUAAAAAAAUUGAAGAAUUGGAAAAUAGAUGUAUUGUCCAAGAAAGGCAGUUAUCUUAUUCUUUUAUCAAAAGACUUAAAACCAUUCGUAAAAAUGCUGCUAAAGGUGAUCCUUGUGCAACUUAUAUUCUUGAGCAAAUCCGUUGUUACACUGGCAAGACUAAGAUGCGAUGGUCUGAUUCGACUCUAACACAAUGUGCAAUAUGGUGCAGAAAAGCUCCAUAUGCAUAUGAGUAUUUCAAGAAAGCAGAUUUUUUCAAGCUUCCUUGUUUGGGUACAGUGAAGCGGUAUAUGAAGAAACAUCCAGAAAUAAAAUUUCAAAAGAAAAUCAAUCCUUUAAAUCCAAAUGAAAGCGACAGUUCUUCAGAUUUUGACUUUGAUGAUACAGAUAGUGAUAAAGAAGGCAAGGGCAAUAGUGAUGAAGAAAAUAUUGAACCAGCAGCAGGUUGUGAAGUCAUAUUAAGUGAAUCACAGAUAAUAUCUGGUCCUGAUCAGUCUCAUAUAAUCUCUUCUCAGAUAGAUGUGAAUUCAACUCAAAGCAUCCCAACUACCAUUGCUUCAAUGCAAGAAGAAAUAAUAAAUCCAACUGAUACAGAAGCCGAAGUGAAUAAAAAUACCGAAAAAUCGGAUGGUCAAGUUGAACUGAAUUCUUUUCCAAUGACCGUAGAUGGAUCAAAUAUAGAAAUCCAAGAAAUAGUAUUACCUUCUGGUGAAGUUGUUCAAUGCUAUGCCUCAAAUCUUUGUAACGGAACUGAUGUGGGAAAUCAGUAUUACAUUAUUCCGAAUGUUGACCAGAGUUCAGGAAUGGAACAGGAAUACAAUGUUGUUCAGACUACAGAAUCAUUACCAGUAAUCCUACAAAAUUUAGAUAAUUGCCAAUUACCUAUGCAACAGGAGCAAUAUAUUUUUGUUACAAAUUCUUCGGAGCAAGUUGAAGGUCCUGAAACUGAAGUCAUUACUGCUUCAGUUUAGAAAUUACUGUUUAAAUUGUCUCUUCUUUGCAUUGCUCAAUGAUUGCAAAUAAUUAGAACUAAUUAUUUUAUUACUAUUCAUAUAUGUAUAUAAGUAAUCACUCUGAAAUAAACUGGUAUAAAUGAAACUCAUGAGAAAAUAUGUAUACACUUGUAUAAAAGAAGGUGCCGAUUAUUUGCUCUUAUGAAAAAUAAAAUUGUAAUUCUUGAUUUUAUAAAUUGUUAUUUUGUUACAUUACAUUAUUUUCUUUCGUUAACAUUUAGUGAUGGGUUUGUGUUUUAAAUUAUCUAAUUUAGUCAGCAUUAAUUGAAGUUUUAAAAAAAGUGCUUUUUUUUUUUUUUCAGUAAAAAAAAAUUAAUGUAAUUAUCAUGAAACCUUCUUUAAAAUCUUAUGAGUAAAUAUUGAAAUGCUUAUUAUCUGUAACAUUUAUCACAUAAUAUAUAAAUUUAUGAUUGCUAUGUAGUGUAAAUAUCAUAUAUGAGAAAUCAGAAUUUGUUGAUAUGAGAUUUUCAGAUUACACCUAGAAUUUUAAGCUCUUUUAUAUAUAUAAAGCUACCAUUCUGAGCUAUAUUUCUCAUUUGCCUGCUGGUAAAACCCAUUGGCCGUAAAUAUCGACAAAUAUUGAAAAAUCAAAAAUAUAUUUAAUAUUAGAAUGUAGUAAAAUUCAAUAAAUGCAUUUUUAAAAAAACAUAAUAUUUUUAAUAUAAAAUAUUAUAGUAUAGUACAAAAUUAGUGAAUUAUUGCAAGUGACUACCCCCAAGGAGAAUAAUUAAAAUAAUUUAAAAUGUCUAUGAUAUUUUUAUUGAAAAGGAAUGAAAUGCUGAAGAUAAUAAUCUUUUUUAUAUAUGGAAACGUGGUUUUUAAAUCAUAAAAAAUGAUUAUUUAAUAAACUGUCUUAAAAGCUAUACUAAACUCUUCUGCAUACUUUAUAAUAAUUAUGAGCAAUAU